AAGAUCUUAUACCAGAAACGCAUUGUAUAUGGUUCGUUACGGUCGGUUGACGCGCUUAAAGAAUUGUUCGACAACUUUUUUUGGUUUGGUGUAUUCGUGCUGUGAUUAUUGAAAGAGCUGUGAUAGCAUUUGAAAACCAUUAAACGAAAUUGUUAUGAAAUUAAACUAAACACCGUGAAAGUGCAUUCAAGUGAAAUUUAUAAAGUUGAUAUAUAUUUAAAUAAUUGUAGAAAAAAUAUAUGGAGAAUAAAUAAAAUCCUAAAAGAAAACAAAGAAACAACAAUGCCCAGAAGAAAACGAGCUUCAAGUCCAUUUGAUGCUUUCGAUGAUGAUUUUGAUGAGGAUGCCAGUUCUCAAAGUUCCAAAAACGGCAAUCCACCCAUACAACGUAAUGCUGCCAAUGCAAGAGAGCGCGCACGCAUGCGUGUGCUUUCCAGCGCUUUUGGACGACUCAAAACGAAGCUACCAAACAUUCCGCCGGAUACGAAGCUAUCCAAAUUGGACACACUACGUUUAGCGACGAUGUAUAUAAAGCAGUUAAAAGUACUUGUGGAAGGUGGCACAGCGACGGCAGAAAGUCCAGAGACAUUUCAAGAGACGACGGGUAUUUUCAACAUGCAGGGUGUGCCGCAAAGCAUGACCUGGCCUUUCGGGUUCCAUCACAUGCAAAAUAACAACAACAAUAACAAUAGUGGACGACUGCAAGCACUCCAAUACUCGCCGCCGCCCACCGAUUGGAAUCUUUCGCGCAACGCUUACUCCAAAUAUGGACGCGUGAGCAACAUGAGUAACGGUAGCAGCAGCAACAACAGUGUCAACUAUCAACAAGAAACGACAAAUAUCUUGCACUCACACCAUUGGUACGCGGCGGAUGAGCCCAUGGUGGAGGACAUCAAUGUGAACAACAACAACAAUUGUGUGUUUUUCGAACAGCAACCGGAACAUCAUGUGAAACAUAACCAUGACCUAACACAAGUGCAUCAUCAACUUUAUCACACGAGUCAUCCGAAUACGCAAAGUUCCAUACGAUAAUCACAUAUAUACACACGCAUACAUAUUUAAUAUUAUAGAUACUUAAGAAUUUAUGCAUAAAUGCAUGUUUUGAAAAACAA